UUUCUCCGAAGAUAUUUCGUAUUUCGAGUGACAUCGUUGUGAAUGAAGGAAGCAAUGUUACUCUGGUGUGCCUGGCCACGGGGAAGCCAGAGCCUUCCAUUUCUUGGAGACACAUCUCUCCAUCUGCAAAACCAUUUGAGAGCGGACAGUACCUGGACAUCUAUGGAAUUACAAGAGACCAGGCUGGGGAAUAUGAAUGCAGUGCAGAAAAUGAUGUCUCAGUCCCAGAUGUGAAAAAAGUAAAAGUCACAGUAAACU